ACCUAAACUAAGGUUAGGGUUAGCGCUUUGCUUCCUCAGUGGUUUGUUUGGAGAGAAAUUUUUGUUUCAGAUGCGUUGCAUUGGAGGAUCUCCAGUCGGCGACGUCGUGUAACCGAGCACGCAAGAACGCGCUCAGCCCUCAUCGUUUCUGUCUGCUGUGACCAUGUCGCCAUGAUCAUGAUCGAUCUCAGUAUGACCCUGAAUCAUAUGCCUUCAUUGCCGCUCAUAUUAGCAUGCGCUGAAGACGCUGGAUAAGCGGCCUAACCCAUUCAUCAUGUCUCUGCACACAACCCGCAUCGCCCUUACUCAUGCGCUCCUCGCCGCCUUCCACCCGAGUCUGGUCACUUUUCGCGGCGUUUCGCUCCCUCUGCCUGCGGAGCUUCACUCUCGCAUCUGCGCUGACAUCCAUGCCGUUGUGACCCAGCAUCUUCUCCAGUGUCUUCAGGAGUGUCUCCAUUCUUCACUAUCAUCUCUCUGCGAAGACUGUAAAACCUAUAAUUCCUGUGUCUUUGGUUCAUGUGUAGUAGAUUGGCCGUGCACUCGGACAGGAGCCAAGUGUUUCUGUACGACCGCUGAACCCUCUACGCCAAGGAAUGGUGUCAGUGACGAUUGCGACUACGAAUGUAGUUCCAGCUUUAUGCUCCCGUGCCGAGAUUGUUCACAACCGCCGAUGUACUUCAUCAAUCAUGUCCGCGACAUUCUUUCCACAUAUUCCAGCUUGGACCCGAAAUUCCCCUAUGCAAAGUUCCCGUUGAGAAACGGGAAUGACAUCGACUCUGUCCUCUCCACCAUGCUGAGUACCCUUGGCUGCAAAAUCAAACCGUCUCCUGUCAUGGAUAAUUGGGGCAUUGCCGAUGAGGUGGUUUUGGUCCCUAGCAGCACAGCUACCGAUGAGCAACAAACCACUCUCGCUCAUCUCCGGAUUACGUUGCAGCUCUCACCUCGUCCUAGUUCGAUUUCUCUACAUGUAGCUCACCUUCGUACGGUCACUUAUCAGCAGCCAGUUCGGCUGGACACGAGUGCAGGUAAGUGUGCACUUUUCGUUUGAGCAACAACAUCGAUGGUCGUCGUUUUUCUCAGCACGUUGUCCGCGCCCUAAACCCUUGGGUCUUCUCGUCUGCCUCGUAUUAGCUGCUGUAGUUGCAUUCGCAUCCACUGGUGUUGGGCGGCUAGGUUAAUAGCGGCCAUUCAGCUAUAUUAGCCUUGCACCCGUCGGUGGAUGGUUGAUAGGCGUUCUCCGUUAUCCGCAGAAUUGGAUUCGGAAAGUUCCGCAUCCCACUUUCCGAACAAGUUUGCAUGCGAUGCAGAACGUAUCCGAUUAGUCUUCAUCCAGCACGUGUAUCAAUACAUUUUCUACCUUGCUUCCGAGUUUGUGAUAUUCAAACCGUUUUGUCUCCCCGCGGACCGGCGAUCCGGAGUAGACUUUUACAGGUUCGCGGCGGCCAACGGAUCCUUUCACUCUUCCCAUACUGUACUG